AUGGAUUUCCAUCCCAAAGACCUCAAGUCAGACGAACACAGGGCUCGACAUCCGCUGGGUCGGGUGCCGGUGCUUGAUGACGAUGAUGUCAGUAUUUACGAAUCCGGAGCGAUUGUGGAAUACGUGCUGGAGAGGCACAAAAAUGGCGGUCUGAAGCCGCCGGUAGAUUCACCGGAUUUCCCAGCUUACCUGCAGUGGUUCCAUUACUGCGAAGGCAUGGUCAUGCCGCCGGUCAAUACCAUUGUGGUUCAGACCGUUUUGCUGCCACCUGAGCGUCGUGAUGAAAAGGCGUUGGAGCAAGCCAAGCGGCUGCUUACCAAGUCGUUGGUUGCUGUGGAAGAAGCCCUCGCGGGCAAAGAUUAUCUGAUUGGUGAUUUUUCAGCUGCGGACAUUAUGUUGGGGCAUGCGUGUUUCAUGAGUAACCGACUGGGCUGCGUGCCGGACGAGAUGGUAAACCUGAAAGCUUAUGUCGAGCGUAUCGCCGCGCGGCCCGCGUUUCAAAAAGCGAUCAACAGCUAA